UGUUGACCAGAGCGAGGAUGAAGAAGACACAUGUUGAACACAGUCCUCCCUGGAGAAGAACAACAUCUGCGUUCCCAAACCAGAGCAAGGUGGACUUUAAAGCUCUCCUCUUUCACUGUUGCUCCACCUCUCAGUGGGCCGUCACCAAGAGGGAGAGGUGGAGGAAGUAUUCAGAUCCUUUACUGAAGUCAAAGUACUAAUACCACACUGUGACAAUACUCCACUACAGGCGGAGCUCGGCGUGUCCACCAGCAUCAUUUCACCGUGCUGUACCCAGACCUCUGAGCGCUCCGGGGCGGCUGUCUGCGCCGACACUUGAUGGGACGAAGGUGGACCUUCCCCGGCUGGGAUUUAACCCUCUCCUCCCUCCUCCACUCUCGGCUGCAGAUGAGCUGAACGGUCAGUAAUUCUUCAGCCUAGUUUGGGAGCAUUUUUCCGCUCUGGUGUGUUUGGUGAUGCCUCCGGACUGGAGCCGCUCCGGGACGCACCCAAACCCGACAGGUGCACCUGUUAAACAGGACCAAAGACUAUGUGAAAGCUGGCUGCGCGCAGACAUGAAGGAAAACUGAAUCUCUUUGUGGCAGUUUGAAGUUUGUAUUUUUUUUGACUGAUUAUCAGAAACCAGAGAUGGAUCGAUCAUUUUGGAAAACGCAGCAGUUUGAUGUCACGGGUUAGACAGAGCCACACGAUGCUGCUUCCAUUUUCGAGGUUACUGUGUUUGUGGCUGUGCAGCGAGGUCGUCUCGAGUCAGCUCAACAGGCAGAAAACAAAGACGACUUUCAGCCCUCAUUAUGAAUCCACCGCCGCUGAUCGGAAUGCGCAGAGCCGGAGAUGGCGCACAGUCAUCGGGGAGGACAAUGGGGGGACGCGCGGGGCCAUUGCGCAGGCCUCGAGGCUGGAUACUGUAAACAUGUCUUCCCCUGACCUGCUGGGGACACAGAUACCCCGGCGCGCUGUGCGUAAAGGCGACGCGCAAAAUGGAGCGCGGCGCGACCGACGGUUACCCCCAGAUGGAGCUUUACGCACGCAUGUAAAUGAGGCCGGUGAGACACGUAGUGGUGGAUGCAGCCCGGGAGAGGUGCUUAAACAAACCCCGCAUGGAAGCACGUGUAGCCUCGGGAGAACCGGGCACAACCGGCGGCGGAGACGCAGCGCAAAACCCAGCCGGAGGAAGCGGAGCGAGCCGCUGCAGGACGGAGCCGCCAUGGCGCAGGAACAAGAGCCCGGACCCCCCUUUGGACUCAACACCAGCGACUACGAGGAGGAGUACUCUCUGCCGGACUUCCCCGACUCCACGCCGCUCGUGCCGGUGGACCCGCGGACCAGACGGAAGCAGGUGAAGAACCCAUUCUACCCGCUCACCGCAGAGUCGUACGGUGCGUACGCGAUCAUGCUCACCGCCGCCGUCAUCUUCAGCGUGGGCAUCAUCGGGAACGUGUCUCUCAUGUGCAUCGUGUGUCACAACUACUACAUGAGGAGCAUCUCCAACUCGCUGCUGGCCAACCUCGCGCUCUGGGAUUUCGUCAUCAUCUUCUUCUGCCUGCCGCUCGUGGUGUUCCACGAGCUCACCAAGGACUGGCUGCUGGGGGAGUUCUCGUGCAGGAUCAUCCCCUACCUGGAGGUGGCUUCUCUCGGGGUCACGACCUUCACACUUUGCGCUCUGUGCAUCGACCGUUUUCGUGCUGCCACCAACGUGCAGAUGUACUACGAGAUGAUCGAGAACUGGGCGUCCACCACGGCCAAGCUCGCCGUCAUCUGGGUGGGCGCUCUGCUGCUGGCGCUGCCUGAGCUGCUGAUCCGACAGCUGGUCACAGAGGACAGCGACCCACCCGACGUGACGCCAUGCGAGCGCUGUGUGAUCCGGAUCUCCACUGACCUCCCGGACACGCUGUACGUCCUGGGACUCACCUACGAUGGCGCUCGCCUCUGGUGGUACUUCGGCUGCUACUUCUGCCUGCCGACGCUGUUCACCAUUUGUAGCUCGCUGUUUACUGCCCGCAAGAUCCGCCACGCGGAGCGGGCCUGCGUCCGUGGCACCAAGAAGCAGAUCCAGCUGGAGAGUCAGAUGAACUGCGCCGUGGUGGCGUUGGCGAUCCUCUACGGCUUCUGCAUCAUUCCAGAGAACAUCUGUAACAUCAUCACCGUGUACAUGGCGGCCGGCGUUCCCAGGAGAACCCUGGACAUCCUGCAGCUGGUCAGCCAGAUGCUGCUCUUCUGUAAGUCCGCUGUGACGCCGAUACUGCUGUUCAGCCUGUGCCAGCCGUUCACCAGAGCCUUCCUGGACUGUUGCUGCUGCUGCUGCGACGAGUGCGGCCCGCCCCGCUCUUCCACUGCCGCCACCAGCGACGUCGACAACGAAUGCACCACCACUGAGUUGGAACUGUCGCCAUUCAGCACCAUCCGCAGAGAGGCGUCCACCUCCUACAGCGCUGUGGGGACACACUGCUGAGGUCAGAGAUCACCAGCGUCAGGUGGAGCUUCCUCUGGGUCGUUCCUCUGAUGUCAUCGGAAGUUUGGUCGGUGGACGCGUCGACAUAUCAGGCUGUCAAUUCCUGAGUUUUUUUAAAAACUGUUGAACACGUUUGUGUUUGCUGACGGACGGACUGAAGACGUCACUGUCCAUCAAUUCACUGUUUACAGAGUUUAUAUAUGAAAGAACACAGUCUGUGUUAGUUAAUAGCAUUUAUGUGUUUAGUUCUUUUUAAUUAACUCACCAGUAUUUUUACUGAAUCUGCACUCGGCCUGACUUUUUGUUCAUUUUCACUGUGUUGUACAGAAGCUGAGAGCAGACGUGGAUCCUCAGCACAACGUAGACUAUGAGCCCAUUUACACCUGGUAUUAACAUGUGUUUCUGUGAUCUGAACACAAGUGAACAGCCGAGACACAUCGCCGUCCACACCUGCGUCUAUGAUGUGUCUCCAGUUGACAACUUGUGUUCAGAUUUCAUUACAUCACUUACUGUAGAAGGUCAAAGGGCAUCGCGCACAGUUAUUAUUAUGUCCAUUCUCUGGCUAGCUACUUGCUAGCAUGCUAGCUAGUCACGUUAGCAGUUGUGUCGGUUUCUCCCUCCAUAGGGCAGAACCUCAACAAAUUCAUCAUAUCAUCAGUUCAUCACAUCUACGUUUCCGGCGCUGUCUCGGGCAGCAUCCUGCUAGAGUUGCUCUUCGUCGUCUUGUGCUGGCACGCUGUCACCAAACAACCACCACACCCUGCAGUGAUGACGUAGUCCUCGUCAGUGAAACAUCGGGACACAUAAGUGUUUACACUGCAAAAGAUCCGUAGACAAAUGCAUCUAAAACCACCUCGUCAAGCGGUUUGAGUGAUCGGAUCACAAUGCAUCUUGGUGGUUGUUCACACUUGUGUUUAGAGCUCUACUCUUGUGAUCCGAUCACCCAAACCACAUGUUGAUACCAGGUCUAAACAGGCUCAAUGUCCUGAGCCUGAAACAUGUGGUUGUGAUAGUUAAAUUUGGUAACGCUUUAUUUUACGUGUCUAUUGUUUCAAUUCAAUUUCCUUGGAAAAAAACAGAUUAGUUUGUUUUAGUUAGUUGUGUUGAAUUUAUAAGCAAUUGUUAGCUUUCCUGUAAAGAACCGCCUGAUUUAAAGCCAAACUAUUAUUAUUCUUCAUCAGAAACUUUAACCCUCCAUAUACUGCAUGUUGAACUGUAUUUUUUCCUGUAGACAUUUUGUAUGUUCAGCCGACAUUUUGCAAACUCACUAAAAGACUUCCUGUGC